AUGACGAACUUCCAGAUCCAGAUAAUCUCAGACACCGUCUGCCCCUGGUGCUAUGUCGGCUACCGCCGCCUCUCACGAGCAAUAACCACCCACCAAGCCAAGUACCCAACAGACACAUUCAGUCUGCACUGGAAGGCAUUCUACCUCAACCCAGGAGCAGCCGAAUAUCCCGGUGUGAACAAAGCCGAGAUGUACAGCCAGAAAUUCGGGGCUGAGCGCGUGGACGCAAUAUUCGCGCGCCUAGCUAGUGUGGGCAAGGGCGAGGGAAUUCAGUUUAGUUUUGGCGGGAAUACUGGUUCCACGCGGGACUCGCAUCGCUUGCUCUGGUUUGCUGGGCAGCGGGAGGCUGAAGAGACAGCUAAGAAGGAGGUCGGUGUUGUUGGUGGGUUGCAGACGAGGGUUGCAGAGCAGCUGUUUCGGGCUUAUUUUGAAGAGGAGAAGAAUAUUACCGAUUUGAAGGUUCUUGUAGAGGCGGGUGUUGGGGCGGGAUUAGAUCGGGAGGUUGUGAAGAAGGUGUUGGAUGAAGAUGUUGGUGCUCAGGAGGUUGAUUUGGAGGCCAAGACAGCAGCCCGGAGGUUGGUUUCUGGUGUGCCGUAUAUCUCGGUGCAGGGGAGAUAUCAUGUUGAAGGGGCUGACGAACCCGAGGUCUUUAUGGAGAUCUUUGAGAAAGUGAAGGUCGAGCAGAAGGAAUAA